AUGACUUCAGUCAAUCGACCUACCACCUAUUCAAGAAACCUCCCGAGAAACCGCCGUGGCUCACUUCACUCUCUUGAUGGCUUGCAGUCAUCUCUCCCUCGCAAGAACUUGGAGUCAAUGUCACGAUCAGAACUCUUGGAAGCAAAGGAACGACAUGAGCGUAUGCUCCGCCACAGGUCGGUGGUGCAUACACUUCCUGACAAAGGAGCCAAGAUCAAGCAGAGUAUUCGCCAAAUCGACUUGUUGCUAAAUACCGAUACUAUGGAUAUGGAUGCUACUAGUACUACUACCACUACUACUACUGCUGCUGCUGCUGCUGCUGCUGCUACGAGUGCCUGUACAGAUGAGAGUGAGGGUUUACUUUGUCAACUUGCCAAUCUUAAUUUCAAUACUCCACGCCAGGAAGCUCGUCGCCGAGGCAUCGCUCGUACCAAUGCAAGAGCACGUCGUCAAAGCAACACCGAUCUUUUCUCAAUCUACGAUGAAAACUGGGUCCGUGCCAAAGUGCGUAUGAUUGGCUUUGAUGAAUCAUUACAACUUGAGCAAGAUCGCCAUCAACGCAAACAAGAUGAAGCAUUAUGCUCAUCAUUGGAUCACAUGCAUAUUGACCGUGACGACAAGUUGGACGAAGCAGAAGAGGAUCACUAUUAUCAUCAUCAAGCUGUUGCUACGCCUUCCUCCAUAUCCACGCCAAUGAUGAUGUAUGACCCCAUGUAUCAUAUUCGAUCCCCUUCAAGUUUACGCAACGAUGACAAUUACGAUGGUGAUGAUUAUAGUCAUGAUUACGGUGACCAUGAUGACGACGACGAUGAUGACGAUGACCGUCUAUGA